UCUCUCUGUUUCCUCUUCUAGCCCUGAGGAGAAUUUUAGCACAUCUUCAGCUGUUAUCCCAGGUAGCUGAAAUAGCUUUAGCAUGGUUUCGGUCUCCUGGGGAGGUGGUGUAGGCUUUGGACGUGUCAGUGGUGGCUUUGGCAGCAUAAGCCUCUAUGGCUUAGGAGGUGGUGGUGGCUAUGGAGCUGGCGCAGGUGGCAUCCAUGAGGUUACCAUCAACCCAAACCUCCUGGUGCCUCUUAACUUGGAGAUUGACCCCACCAUCCAGAAGGUGAGGAAGGAAGAGAAGGAGCAGAUCAAGACACUCAACAACAACUUUGCCUCCUUCAUUGAUAAGGUCCGUUUCCUGGAGCAACAGAACCAAAUGCUAGAGACCACAUGGAGCCUCUUGCAGGAGCAAAAGAUCACCAGGAAUAGGCUUAGGCUUAUAUUUGAUCCAUACGUCAGUGAUAUAAGAAGAGAAAUGGAUAAUAUUACAGGACAGAGACCACAAUUAGACAUGGAAUUGAACAUGCAGGAUACUGUGGAGGACUUCAAGAUAAGGUGGGAAAUAGCCCAGUUGAAGGCCUACAUUGCUGACACCUCUGUCGUUCUCCAAAUGGACAACAACUGA